CAGUGCUUACGUAGUGUACACGUUAUACACGUGAUGUGUAGGACGCUAGUGUGGAUGUUGGCCACGGGGACGCGCGCAGUGGGCGGGUUCAUGUACCUGCUCACGGCGCAGGCGCAGCUCGGCUUUUCCCAGCAAACUAUGACCCAACGCUCGAGACCUGGUUAUUAUCGUCAGGAAGUGAACAAAACCAUUUGGGAAGUACCUGAAAGAUACAAAGAUUUAAGACCGGUUGGGACUGGGGCUUAUGGUACAGUAUGCUCUGCUCAGGACCGCAGAACUGGGUCAAAGGUAGCUAUCAAGAAGCUCCUUCGGCCUUUCCAGUCAGAGCUUUUUGCUAAGAGGGCUUACCGGGAACUCCGACUUCUUAAACACAUGAAACAUGACAAUGUUAUUGGACUGCUGAAUGUUUUCACCGCAGACCUGUCACUGGACCGAUUCCAAGACUUUUACCUCGUGAUGCCCUUUAUGGGUACUGAUCUUGGAAAACUUAUGAAAACAGAGAAGCUUUCAGAAGACAGAGUUCAAUAUCUUGUCUACCAGAUUCUGAGAGGACUAAAGUAUAUCCAUGCUGCUGGUAUCAUUCAUAGGGAUCUCAAGCCAGGCAAUUUAGCCAUCAAUGAAGAAUGUGAACUCAAGAUCCUGGAUUUUGGUUUGGCGCGUCAGGCGGAUAUUGAGAUGACAGGAUAUGUUGUAACUCGCUGGUACAGAGCCCCUGAGGUCAUCCUCAGCUGGAUGCAUUACACACAGACUGUGGACAUCUGGUCUGUUGGCUGUAUCAUGGCAGAGAUGCUUAUUGGAAAACCGCUGUUCAAAGGACAUGAUCACCUGGAUCAACUGACUGAGAUAAUGAAAAUCACUGGAACUCCUACACAAGAAUUCAUCUCCAAAUUGCAAUCCCAGGAUGCUAAAAACUACAUUCAGAAGAUGCCCAAACUUAGGAAGAGAGAUCUUCAGAUUUUAAUGCCUGACACCAACCCUCAAGCAAUUGCUGUGUUAGAGUCCAUGUUGUUGCUGGACCCGGAAAGCAGAGCGACAGCAGCUCAGGGUUUGGCGCUGCCCUACUUCUCUGAGUUUCGUGAGCCUGAGGAGGAGACUGAAGCUCCACCGUAUGAUCACUCACUGGACAAUGCUGAGCAGUCCCUGGAGCAAUGGAAACGACUCACUUUUAGCGAGAUUCUUACCUUCCACCCUCCGCCACUGGGGCCAGUGCCAAAAGAGACAUCACUCUGAGAUGAGUGAAUCUUUCUCAGAAUCUUUCCACAUUAAACAUCUCAAACCAAGUGUGCCAUAGCUUGAUUUAUGUGACCUAUGGUAUUGUGUGUUUGUAUACAGUAUAUAAAUUAUAUAUAAUUAUUCGGUAUUUAAAAUAUACAUUAUGAACUUUACAUUGUGUUUCAGUUAGUACUGCUGUGUUGGUGGUCAGUCAUAAACAAUUCCAGUCACAUGCCUUUAUUAGGACACAAUGUAUUCAUGUAUAUACUGGAACACGAAGAUUAUAUAUAAUCAUUUCUUUUAGCAAGUGUCUAUAAUUCUGUGGUCUGCUGUGGUCCAUGGACACAUUUGAGUCCAGUGACAAUUGAGUCUAUGCAUUUGUUAAACUGAAUAUCUUUUUUAUGAAUAUAAGUAUUUUUGAAAAUACAUUUGCUACAGCUGAUUGUAACCAAACUUCUGCUUUUUUGCAAUAAAGACAAUUUGGUUUAUGUAAA